CCGCCGUGGAUCUGCUUCUCUACACAUGUGUAUUAUGGAUGCGAGAUGUCUACUUUGACAAAUAUGAGGUGCGGCAAUGGUACGUCAGCUCCAUCGCGUGUUGCCAACGCUACAGGAAAGCGAACUAAGGGGAGAAGAAAAUCUCAUCGCGAAACGUUUGCGGGGUUGCGGCGGCAGCCUACUCAGUUCUCAAUGCCGAGGUGGAAGGUGUGCACGUAAGCGGGAAGCUGACACGAGGAAUAACCCAGGACACACGGCUCCUUGGUGAUCGCCGGGUAUCAGAACUUACCGCCCGUCGUUCCCGCCUGUGCACAUUAUUAUGCUUGUUGUGUUUCACCCGGUCGGCGCAAGAUGAGGUAGGUAAUUCUUCCGAGGCCUCUAUUAGGGGUGACGCGGACGACAAGUCGGAGAGCAGUCACGGUGGGUAUCCGGGUUUACCACGGGCGAUGAGAUCGCAAUGAGCCCCGUGUCCUCAAGAUCCCGCACUGCGGCAUCGAAAGGG